UGCGGAGGAAGAUCACGAGGAAGAUGAUGAACAAGAUCACGAGCAAGAUGGAAGCCAUCUGGUGGAUCCUCAUGCUUCUGGGAAGUUUGUCGUGUUUCCGAUGGAUGCCGUCGGAUAGUGACGCCUGCCUUCUUCUGUGGUUGUUCUGACCUGACCGAUGCCCGGCACUCAUCAGCCGCGUCAGUCAGGUGCGUGUGAGGCGAGCCGCACCCAUGGAGAGGAGAGGCUGUGGUCUCCACAUGGAUGAGUUGAUAUACGUCGAUGUGGUCAGGUUCAUCGUCGCGGGCGAAGGCUCCUCCUCCCGUUGUGGCGCCGUCGGCCUCCCAUCAUGUGCCGCAGCAGGUGCUGGACAGCUUAACAUACCCGGUGAAGGAGCAGCAUGAGGCGGAUCCAACAACACAGGCCGACCCCGCACAACAGUGAGGAGGGAGGAAGGGCUACACACGCAGAUGGAUGGGUGGAUGGAUGUGGCUGUGUUGCCUGUGUGUGUGUCCGUUCUGUGCAUGAUGUCAGGUUGUCGACAGUGGAGGUGUUCAGUCGUCACUGGUGGCACGAGAUAUGUUACUGGCUGCUGACGAUAUGCACCUGUGGGGGGUUCGCCAUCGUCAUGCGGUGGUUCCCCCUCACAGCCUUCUUCUUCCGCUUCAAACCCGCACCGCUGCGCCACGCACGCAAAUUCGUUGUCACCACCAAGAACGACGAGCAGCAGUAACGACGCACACGAGAGAGAGAGAGAGAGAGAGAGGGAGGGAGAGGGAUGAAUGGACGCGCCUCUCUUUAUCCGCUGGUGAGUGAUGGCUUGCCUGCCUGCUUGCUUAUUGUGUGCGUGUCAGUAUUGUGGACGCUGUGCGGCUGCAGCUGAGCGAUGACGUGUCUGCCGGAUGGCCACUAGGUCAGCCACACAUCCACACCACACACACGCAGAGAGAGCCCACCAGAUCAAGCCGCUGCUCUCUGCUUUCCCAUUCGUUGUGCAGAUGCCCGGUCGUUCCGCAAGGCCAGCACCGUCAGCCCUCCCUCUGAGGCGUCUGAAGAUGUGCCCGGUGCCGACCUGACAAGAGUGGACAAGGGCAAGGAGAAAGACAAGGAGAAAGGCAAGGAGAAGGAGACCCGCGGGCUGCUGGGCGCCUUGGCAUCGUUCCACAGCUCCCACACCGACACGGCUGUGCUGACGACUGCAGCAGACCGGUCUGCGCGGCCGGAGCUGGUGACGUACAUGUUCCGCUUCAGGUGCAUCAGAUAUGCCCUCAACCUCAGGUGAGGGAGGCAUGGAGAGAGAGACGGGGGAGAGAGAGAGGGGGUCAGAGAGGGGGGGAUCGUGUGGUGUGUGUCUGGUUUUAGCACUGGUCGGUUCGAGGAGGUGUACUUCGAGACGUGUUGGCCUCCCACAUUCAUCCACAACAGAUUCGGGGACGGUAUCGAAAGCGACGAGAUCGUCAAGGUACGCAGGGAAAGACCGACACGCACACACACUGAGAGAUUGCAUAUGUUGAUCUCAGCAACGGCGUGCUCUGUUUGGUGAGUGUGUGGUGGACGUGCCGAUUCCCUCUGUGUUUGAGCUGCUGGUGGACGAGAUCCUGACGCCCUUUUACCUUUUCCAAAUAUUCUCUGUCAUCAUCUGGGUCACCGACGAAUACGUACAGGUGAGAAUGAGUACAGCCUUCCCCAUGACAACAAAGGCCACACACCAUUGGCUUGUCUUUUGUGUUUUGUGUUUGUGUGGCGGACGUAUCUCAGUAUGCGAUAGCGAUUGCCAUCCUGACGAUUGUGUCGACCGUGUUAGAGCUCACCGAGACCAGGCGCAACUACGCCAACCUCCGCAAGAUUGGCCACCACAACUUCACCGUCAACGCAUUCAGAGGACCGAUACGCGACAACCACACACACCAAAAGCGGCCCCUCCUGGUGCGCAGCCCUCUGCACACGGAAGGAGAGGCAGGCAACGCCCCUCUUGUGUGCUGUGAUGUGCUGUGCUGGCUGCAGGAUCGUCAGGUGGAGAUAACGACCCAGCAGCUGGUGCCUGGGGAUCUGUUCGAGGUUGUUGGUGGCAUGACACUGCCGUGCGACGCCAUUCUGCUGACCGGAUCGGUAGAGGCACCGACACACGACAUGUGGCCCUUGUGGAUGACGUCUGUCUGCAUGUGUCUGUAUGUGUGUGUGUCAGUGUCUGAUAAACGAGUCGAUGCUAACGGGCGAGUCGGUGCCGGUGAUGAAGCACUAUCUGCCCUUCGCAGAGGGAGCCAACCGGGAAGACAGAUUCAAAAUCGAACAGGUGACAUCAACCAUUCACACACGCAACUCUCGCUGAUAGUGUCUUCCGUCCGUCGUCCUCUCUCCUCGUCAGGAUCGCAAGUGCACCUUGUACGCCGGCACCAAGGUCAUCCAGACGCGCUUCUUCGGCCGCGACAAGGUGGUGGCUGUGGUGGCCCGCACCGGCUUCAGCACCACCCAGGGCCGCAUUAUGAGGAGCCUCCUCUACCCAAGACCCACCCGCUUCAACUUCACGGAAGAGUCGUUCAAGUUUGUAGCCGUGCUGGGGUGUGCGGCUCUGGUCGGAUCGGGCAUCACACUGUACCUGUCGUUGAAGCAGCAGCUGGCCGUCAAGGAGGUGGUCAUCCGGUGCCUCGACCUGUUCACUGACGCCGUCCCGCCCGCACUCCCCGCCGCCAUGACCAUUGGCACCGAAUUCGCUCUGUCUAGGUGAGCACACCAAGCAUAUGUCACUGCCUGCACCAACCAUCUGUGUGUGGUGGUGUGUUGUUGGUUUAUGGAUCGAUAAGGUUGAAGCGGACCCGCGUGACGUGCAUCAGCCCGACUCGUGUGAAUGUCAGCGGGCAGAUCUGCGUGUUGGCCUUCGACAAGACGGGCACGCUCACCGAGGAGGGGCUGGACUUCGUCGGCUGCAUCCCCUCCGUCCUCUCAACCACUCACACGCCCACAGCUGCCCAGACACACCAGCCACAGCAGCACCACCUCGCCGUCCCGUCAGCAUCAGCCCACUCGUCAAGCGCCGGCAAAGACAGCGACGAGUCGCCCGCAUCGUCCGACGCCAAUGCCACAGCUCUUGCGCUCAAGGGAAUCAACCGCACACACCAAUCCCGCGGGACGCCCACAGCCCCCCGUGCGUCAUCAGCGAGAGCCCCAGCCCCCCCACCGGCCACCCUCACAGAGCUCUCGCACGACAUGGCGUGUUUGCCGCCGCCUCUGCUGCAUGCCCUUGCGACGUGCCACUCCCUGACCAUGAUCGAGGGGGUCGUGACGGGCGACCCCAUCGACCUGCUCAUGUUCAACGCCACGGGAUGGGAGCUGGAGGAACCUGAGGCGGACAACACGGGUGUGUAUGACGCCAUACCGGCCAUAGUGCGGCCGAAGGGCGGGCCGUCGCUCAAGGAGGUCGGAAAGCACAGUGCAGGGCAGGGCAGGGCAGACACGUAGAGGUCGACUUUGAUGGAUGUUGGUUUGUGUUUGUGGUCGCUGUGGUGUGGUGGUUGCAGGCGUUGGCGGCGAGCGGUGCAUCUGAUGAUGAGUUGCUGGGUGGGCUGCUGGGGGACGACGCCGCGGGGCAGAUGCCCAUCGAGCUGGGGAUACUCAGGAGGUGAGGGACGGAAAGACAGACAGACAGACAGACAGAGAGAAGGGCCUCAGUCACACACGCUUCACACACUGUCUUGUUUGUUGUCCUCCGUCAGGUUUGACUUCUCGUCGGCAUUGCAGCGGAUGUCGGUCAUCGUCAAACACCCACUCGCCAGUGAAAUGAUGGUACGCCGACUCACAAGCGGGCUGUGUGCCUUCACCAAUACAUGCAUCCUUCUAUCCAUCUGUCCCCCCCCUCAUCCAUCCAUCAGAUCUUCUGCAAGGGCUCGCCCGAGAAGAUCUCUGAGUUGUGUGCGCCCUGGACGGUGCCACUCAACUUCGAGGACGUCGUCCACACAUACACCAAAAGGGGAAUGAGGUGCACAGACAGACAGAGGAUGGGCUGAAGGUUGGUUGACAUUGUCUGUUUCCUCCCUCCCUCGUCUGUGUGGGUGCAGGGUGCUGGCGAUAGGCGGCAGGACAGUCCGGGGCCUCUCCUACAUGCAGAGCCAAGUGCUCGCCAGACACCAGGUGCGGCGCGCUGCGCACCCUACACACAACACAAUUCACACACACCACACCCGACACAUCACUCACCCUGUCCGUGUGUGUCUCCCACCCAGGUGGAGACGGGGUUGUGUUUCCUGGGUCUGUUGGUGUUUGCCAACAAGCUCAAGGAGGACACUUUGGCCGUCAUGCAGGAGCUGCGCAAGGCCAACUGCCACUGUCUCAUGGCUACCGGAGACAACCCACUCACAGCCGUCGCUGUCGCCAGAGAGUGCGGCCUCAUCGACAGGUGCACCCACACACCACACCACAUGACCAUGCCACCCAAAGACCAUUCCUUCCUUCGUCCUCUGAUUACAGGCGCACCACUCACGUCAUAAUGGGCGAUGUCUUCAUCCCAAAGGAGGAGUCGCGCGGCACUGUCGGCCAGAAGCAGACCCUCCUGUGGACCAAGGUGGAGCACAUCCACCACACCGACCCGCACCCAUCCCGGCGCCCAUCAGCAGCACCACCAUCUCGCAACCCCCUUCCCACACACGCGGAGGAGGAGGCUGAAGGCGACAGUCCCGCCAACGGGACGGUGCCGGUCAGCACCCACUCGUCGGUCAUCGACAAGACGGCAGCAGGCACCAACUGUGACACCCAAGACGGCACUCCCGUCACCCCCAAGAGGCCUGCGAUGAGGGCCAAGCCGACGGACUCGGCCGGCCACCGGUCGCCGAGGCACAAGGACGGGCACUCUGCUGCUGGAAGGCACACGGUGUCGCUCAACAUUGUGGACCUUCUCAAGGGAGAGGACCCAAGGUCAGCCAACCACGGAGGAAAGUCUCUGCCCAUCUCUCUCUCACUCUCCCUCCCUCACUGUGUCGGUGUGAUUGCGUGGUUGACAGAGAGUUCACAGUGGUGAUAACGGGCCGCGCCUUUCGUCACCUCAAGUACCACCACGAGACGGAGGUCGGCACAUGGUGGCCGCGCCCGCCACCCGACCCCCCAGACGCACCACCCACAACGGCACACGCCCACGGCAUCACACCAAUGGCGGAACAGCAGGCCAUUCUCCGGGCGCGCACUCUCUCGGCAUCCGCUGUCUCGCCCUCGCCCGCCACGCACCCCCACAGAGGCCCAGGCCCAUCCCUCCAGGCGGCCGCGGCCAACUCGGCCCCAUCCUUUGCAUCCGACAGCCACCACAUUGCUCAGCACCAUGCCUUUCGCACGCCCCCCACAGCCUCCCCCCUGCACCUCUCUCAUCCGCAGCCCACGGUGCUCCCCCUGCCACCGCCCCUGGACCCUGACGUCAGCACAGCCACUUUCCCAUCCAAGGUGCGGCCGGCGAAGCGCAAGCGCGUCAAGAGGAAGAGCGGUCUCUUUGGCGGACGGCGGCGGUCGCAGACGAUUGCCUUGGGCCAUCCUCCUGAAAGGCAGGCCACCGAGAUGAGUACACAGUCGCCCAUCGGCGUGAGGAGGAAAGGCGAGCCCGCUGCCGCUGCGGUGACACACAAGUCGUCUGGCCCCGGGCCGGUCCACGGCCUGUCCAACGUGCAGCCGCCCGAGUACGGACCUUUCCUCUACUUCCGAGUUCGGAGGCCGCCAAAGGCACGAUCACGUGGGAGGCGGACGAGCCAUGUUGCAGGAGGAACGUCUGGUGGUGGGCAGCAAGGCGACUCGCGAGACAGGGAGGCCAGGGGGGCGUGCGAGAGUGCCGCCGAUGGCGCCCUUGCCGUCAGGUUUAUCGAUGGCUACGUGGACGGGGUGCACCAGGUCGCCAAGUCGGCCGAACAGGACCUUCAAAGACCACUUCUGAAGGUACGUGGACAGGUUUGAUGUUCGUUCGUGUGGAUGGGUAUGGCUUCUUGUCUUCUCGCUGUGUUGUUUGAUCGCAGAGUGACGCGCUCAGCGACGCUCUGCAGACCCAUUGUGCCCUGCCAGCGACGCCCACGAUCGCCACCCACCACAACGGCCACCCCGACGAGGAGGCCCCAGCCGUCCUCUCGCCCAUUGCCGUGCAUACCGACCCACCGGCACCAGCCGCACACCAGCACUCGCCAGCCGAGGACACCUUCCUGAGGAUGGACACGCAGACUGACAGACUGGGGGAGCAUUCGGGCGGGGUCAGUGCUGAUGGUGAGGAGUGGUAUGAGAUCCCGCUGUUCGAGUAUGUGCUGCGCAACUCGACCGUCUUCGCCAGGUGGACGGGGGGUGGGUGGCAAGGUAGAUUAGAGAGGGAGGGGGGGACAACGGCAUGGAUUGAUGCCGUGUGUGGAUGCGAUGUGCCUGUGUGUGUGUGCAGGAUGUCGCCCGACGACAAGGAGCAGUUGGUGUAUUCGCUGCAGAGUCUGCCCCACCACCCCCUCGUCGCCAUGUGCGGCGACGGAGCCAACGACUGCGCCGCUCUUAAGGGAGCCGACAUCGGGGUGAGCGGGUCAGUCACGACAACACGGAAUGGACGGAUGGAUGGAUGGACACCGGUCGGUCAUGCCCAUCCUGUGUUGUGUUGUGUUGUGUUGGUGUUGUGCUGUGUGUGUGGUUCAUUCAGGUUGCGCUGAGCGACGAGGAGGCGUCGAUUGCCGCGCCAUUCACAUCUGCCGGCAAGACCAUCAGAUCGGUCGUCGACGUGCUCAAGGAAGGUGAGCGGGUCAGGGAGAGAGGGAGGGAGGGAGGGUGCAGACAAGUGUUUGUAUCGUGACACAGCCAGCACAUUCCAUUCCACGUGUGUAUUGAUACGUGUGUGUGCAGGUCGUGCGGCGUUGGUGAACUCUUACCAGAACUUCAAGUUCAUCGUGCUUUACUCGUUCAUCCAGUUCAGCUCGGUCAUCAUCGUCUACUACUACCAAGACGACCUCACAGACUCACAGGUAGACAGAGACAGACACAAGCGACUGCACUGCAUUCCAUCCAUCCACGUGUGGUAUGCUGAUGUGCAUUAGUUUCUGUAUGUGGACUUGAUAACGAUUCUGCCGCUGAUCUGUCUGAUGUCCCGCACCGGCACGAGCGGCGACCUGCCGCACAGCCUGCCCCCCGGCAGCCUCGUCUCGCCACCCAUCAUGACUUCCGUCAUCGGACAGGUACUUAGGAAGCGGCCAGGGGAGGGGAGGGUGGCAGAUAGAUACACACACGGCCUGGCCAGGCCUGGCCUGCCGACACGUGCGUUCGUUCAUUGUGUAUGGUGUGUGUGUGAUGCACAUGUUUCACAUGCUGCACUGCACAGGGUGUGAUCCAGCUGUGUUUCAUGCUGGUCGCCACGGCCAUGCUUGUCAACCAGCCCUGGUUCCCCACGCAAUUCAGAGGUACGUCGAUGCUCUGCUGGCUUAUGUGUGCGUGUUGUGUUGCCUUGCCAUGACGUGUGCUGUAUGUCUGUGUGUGCUUUAUGUGUGUGUCAGCUGAGGAGGGGAAUGGCAAGCACGGUGCGGUUGACACGGUGAUAUUCUCGAUCACCAACCUCCAGUUCAUCUACGUCGUCAUCGCUCUCUCACACGGACACCCAUGGAGGAAAGGUAAGGUGCACAGACAGACAGCAGAAUACGCCAACACGCUCGUCACCAUGCCACACAGACAGACCAUUUCCUUCCGUCUGGUUGCCUGUCUGUCUGUCUGUUGGUCUGGCCCCCCAGGCUUUGUGACGAAUCUGCCUUACACGGUGGCCAUCGUGGUGCUGCUGUGUCUGGGGGUCAGCUACAUCCUCCUGCCAGGCCCCGCCCUCAGCGCCUUCAGCAUUUCUCGAUGGCUCAAGCUGCGCCCCCUGCCCUACGGCUUCCGGUGUCAGCUGGCCGUCCUGUCCUUGGCCAACUUCUGCGUGACGGCCCUAUACGAGCGGCUGUUGAUUUCGGUCAUCAGCCGGCACACCGACAUGCGGCGGCGGGCUGUGGAGAAGAUGAGCAACCCGCUGCCAUCGGACCCUUCAUCGAAAGUGACCGUGGCCAGCCCUUCAUAGUCAAAGUGAAGUGUGUGACGGGGUGGGCCUGUCUGUUUGUCUCUCUGCCUGCCUGCCUGCCUGCUCGUGUCUGUUUGCCUGAGUCUUGUGUUUGUUGUGUGUGGGCGGGGACACCACAUUAGCUGUGAUGCAUACAUACACCGAAGGGGGCAGCAGCUGCUGUGUGAGCACAC